GUUCUGGAUCUCUUCCAGCUCUGUGGGAUCUAUUUGGAGCUGGUUCAACAGAAGAAAAGUUAUCCAGCCAUGCAUCAGGCGCGGGGGGGCAGUGUGGGCUACAGAGACCUGGCCGCUCUCCCCAGAGACAAAGCCAUCCUCCAGGUGGAGAGACCGGACCUGAUGACCUACAGACCUCACCUCACCUUCUCCCCCCUAGACCCGCCCCCCAGAGAGAGGUCUCCUCCCGCCUCGUCCCCCACGAUGUCUCCUGAGAAGGUGAAGGAACGCAGAGCAGAGAGUGACAGCAGCUCCCCUGGUGGAUCAAUGCUGACACUGCAGGGAAGAAGGAGCAGCCAGCAGCACUUCCACAGACCAGAUAACGGAGUAAACAUCUACAUGAAGCCUCCAAUCUACAAGCACGAAGUAAACAAACACCAUGAGGUCGUCGUUCAGUCAUCAAAGUUUCCAGCAGCUCGACAACCAGAACCAGACGAGAAGUCCAGGAUCGAGACCGAGUUCUGGCCCUGCCCCCCCUCACUGGCUGCCAUGGAGAUGGAGUGGAGGAAGAGGAAGGAGCUGCAGGAGGAAGACGAGUUGAAGGACCUGAGCGGAGCCGCCGAGGCGCUGCAGGAACCAGCUCUGGAGGAGAUGAAGUCCAACCUGGGCCGGCUCAUCCUGAAGGAGGAGCAGGAGGAGCAGGAGGUGCAGGAGGAGCAGGAGGUGCAGGAGGAGCAGGCGGAGCAGGAGGAGCAGGCGGCUCCCAGGAGGAAGAAGACCCAGUCGCUGCCGGACCGAACGCACAUGCACAGCAGUUUGUCAGCGAGAGCGUCGAAGCCUCCCGGCCUGACGCGGAUGCAGUCUGCAGAGUUCUCCACAGACAGAGAUAAAGAACCAGCAGCGGCUCAGAACAGAGCUGGUGGGAUGGACAGAGGGAACUCUCUGCCCAGUAUUCUGGAGCAGAAGGUUCUUCCCUAUGAAGCGCUGAUUGUGACCCACAGAGGGCGCUGCAGGCCGCCUCCAGGAGUGGACCGCACCCGGCUGGAGAGGCACCUGGGCCCAGCUGAGUUCCUCCAGGUCUUUGGGAUGGACCUGAUGGAGUUUUCUCGUCUGUCUCUGUGGAGACGGAACGAGCUGAAGAAGAAGGCGUCGCUGUUCUAGACACACACACACACACACACACACACACACACACACACACACACACACACACACACACACACACACACACACACACACACACACACACACACACACACACACACACACACACACACGAUUAACCCUUAACUGUCACAUAUACGACCUGCUGACCUUAUAACCACUGCUAGAACACUUUCAUCAUCAUCAUCAUCUUCAUCAUCAUCAUCAUGAAGCUGGUUCACCUUGGAGCUCCAAUCAGAUCGCUGGAAACAUGAAGUGGUUUCGGCAGAAGCCCGACGGGGUCAAAGGUCACUGAUUCUAUUGAUCUGAUGCUAGGUGUGUUAUUGAUCCCUCAGGAGGAACAUGUAGUCUGAUGAUCACCCACAACUUAUUGAUUGUAAACUACUUAAUGAUUUGACUCUGUACUCGUCUUCUUAUUGAGAGCUUUUAGUUUCUUAUUCAUUUAAAAGAAGUUUGUCUAAAAUCUACAGGAAGGACUUUACCCCAGUGUAUUCACCUUCAUCCUCCUCUUCGUGAUGCUUUCCUCCUCCUCCUCCUCUUCAUGUUUCUGUUGUUCAAUGUGAAGAAGUCUGAAAUAAAUCUGAGAGCCGGA